AUGAUGCGCGCAGAAGAAGAAGGUGAGACCAUGCGUCAAUGUGGAUGUCAUGCCGGCCGGCCGUGCACAUGCGAAAUGGGCCAGAAGAGUGUGUCAGCCGAUACAUUUUCGUGUGGUACAUGUGUCAACUGCCGACUCAAUGCUCGCGAAAAAACUCGAACAAGCAUGAAGUUAUUUAAACCGCGAAGAUGUCUAAAGAGCGCAGAAUACUUUGCGGAACUCGACUAUGAUCGGGUGGUUUUACGUGACGACUGUGUGUUCCGAAUGUGUAAGCCAGACUGGAAUGUGGCUGCAAAGACCCCCUUAUACAACCAGCUUCAUCAAAUGAGACUGGGUAUGAUCCAAACUCGAGCGAUCUCACUCGCCUAUAUUGCCACCCAAAAGAAGCUGCGAAUUAAGUUAACGAGCGACAUACGAAAGGCAGAGGAUGCCAACAAGAAACUAGAGAUCAUGAAAAAGACGACGAAGGAGCAAAUCUGCGUGGACUCGGAUGCGUUUGAUUCAUUCUCCAAGCAGUUGAUCGCCGCUGAAACACUGCUGCCAGACUUGAGAAUUCGUCUUGAAAAAGCGAACGCGACAAUUUUCAGUGAACAACAGAAUAUCAAGAUCAUCCGCGAGUACGUUCGGGGCUUUGCCGCUAGAAAGUUGCAGUCUUCGAUAAGAGCAUACCUCCGCUUUCGUCGAUGGAAAGAUGUGCUGAAAAAGUUUCAUGAGGAUGUUUGUUUGGCUGCCGCUCUCAAAAUUCAAGCUAUUUGGCGGAUGUUCAUUGCCAAGAAAUCGAGAUUGAUUCUGGAAUCUCUUCUGCGCGAUCAAGUCGGAUCCAACGCUGCGAAGGUAAUCAGACGGUUUUCCGUCGAGGCAAUUCAAGUAAAGGGUCAAAAGACGAUGAUCUCUAUCCAAGAAGACGCAGUUGAUAUCUCAGAGCAACAACGGAAAAGCAUCGACAUAUUUGCCAUCCUCAUUCAGCGUGUGUACCGAGGUUUUCGAGAUCGGAUGUCAUUCAAACGAAUCAAAACAAGGAGCUCUCUAUCAGCUCGUGUUGGAACUCUGGUCGACAAGUUCAUCGUGUCGGGAGAUUUCUGGGGCUUUAUCUUGGAGAUCGAUGCUGAUUAUCGACGCUUCAUGCACAAGAUUACGGAAGAGGAGGAGGAUGCAGCGACCUUCAUGUCAACUGUGAUGCGUCAGCGUAAGCUUGAUGACGACCAAAUGAUCCAGGAUUGGUUCUCUGCAUCAGCGCUGCAACACCCUCUUGUCAGUGGCAUUGAUCAGUUGACUAAGACGUACAUAUCUAGUGGAAGCUCUGUUCCCCAUGCAAUACUGCAAUCACCUCUCGUUGAGGACCUCGUGGCCUUAAGUCCCAAGAAGAAGAAGGAUGAUAUUUUUCCGUCUGAUUUUCCUCCGAAGAUAAUUCGACAAGCGAUAGCCAAGGGGUUUGCCCUGAAUGAGGUGAUUGCUGUCAUGCGAGGUCUUCAAGCCCAACGAAAAGAUAUCGAAGACGCCGACUUGGUCUUGUCAACACUUCAGAAACGUUUGCCACUCAUGACGAACCCGUGGACAUCUGAAAGAGUUGUACCACCAAGCAAAAGACAAGCAAACGCAUUCAUCUCUUCAAACCUAUUGGAAAGUAUUCCAGGUGGCAUGAACGCACCAAUCGCGCGGCUACUGCUAGUUGCCGGAUUGAGUUGCUACGAUCCCGGUAGUCGGGGUGAAAAGGGAAGGUUUAUAUCUUCCCAUGGCCACAAAUCAGCGUUGUUCCAGGCGUACGUAAACACCGAAUCUCCACUCGUGAAGAUAAGGACAGAACAGCAAACUAUGGAAGCUGUCAAACCAUUUCUCAACAUUUUACUAGAGAAUCGGUGCUACACUGCGUACGAUAUUCUGUACAACGUCCGAGGAGUUGGUGAAUUGAUUUCGUGGAAUAUCCCAGGUUUUCUUGCAAAAGCAAUUUACAAAAUUAUCCACGAGAUCCACACGCAGAGUGUUCGCGUUAGCAGGCGAAAUAUCAUACGAGAAGUUCGUGUCAAUGCUGGUUUUGAGCACUUUCUUAACUGCUUCCGCUCCAGGAUACCUCGAUAUCUGCUAGUGAGUUAUUGUUCAAAGCAGCGUUCUUAG